GAUAAAGAACCUCGUCCAGCUCUGUUCUGGAGCUGACCCCUCUUAAGGAAAACCAUCUGUGCCACGUGACUAAGUUGCUGACGUGUGGUAGUAGCAGAAGUAAAGCUGUAAUGAUCCCUCCUGAACAGUAGAUGUCAGUCUCAUCAGUCGCCUGUAUCCAGGUUCAACUCUACUCAUUUCAGAGAAGAAACAUCUCAUAUGGACACGUUUGAUGAGGACACAGUGAAGGUGCCAUUUGGGUCGAAGUAUCUGGAUGCUGCCUUGUGUUUCCCUGCUUCACUUACAGAUGUCCACACCGCUGUCAUUCUCACACAUGGGGCUGGUGGAGACAUGAACUCCAAACAUCUGGUUUCUCUGGCGCAAGCCUUAGCUGCAGAUGGCUCCCUUUGUCUCCGUUUCACAUGCAAAGGUUUAAACUUGGGUUAUAGAGUGAAGGCUUACCGUGCAGUGUGGGAAUACUUGAAAUCUUUACAGAAGUUUACCAUAAGGCACAUAUUUGUUGGAGGUAAGCAAUUUUGCUUGUUGCUUUCUGUCUUUGCUCAGGUCCUUUUUGAAGGGAUGAUCAAAGAAAUGAAAGGUCAAGUAGAGGUGUUCUGGCUAAAAGGAGGCAACCAUGGACUGACCGUGAAGGGAAGGUCGGAGGAUUCUGUGUUAGAUGAAGUGAACUCACAUGUCAUCACCUGGUUGAGUAAACAAGGGAAAUAAAUUCAUCUAUAUUAUCGGAUGUUUUAUUUUCUUAGUUUUGUCAUGUUCUUUCUACUAGUUGAAUAAAGGAUAAAUAUUUUAACACAA